AAGAAAUAUUAAUUUACAAACUAAAUUUUAUAGAUAUUAAUUAAUAUUUUGCAGUAUAACUUAGUUCAAUAAAUAAGUUUUUAUAUAUUAUUUUUACUUAGUUAAAUAAUUAAUUUAGCAAAUAUGAAAGGUCUAAAGCUUUAGCUAAAAAAAAUAUAAGGAUUCGAAUAACAACAAAAUUAAUUACAAGAUGAAUUCAAGAAUUCUUAAUAAGGAGAUAAUUAGGGAGAAGAUCUUAAUAAUAUCUCUGAUAUUUCAAAUUCAAUGAUAAAAUCUACUAGAAAUCGUAGUAGUACAAUGGAAAUCAUAGAAGAAGUUGAGACUAGAAGAGAGCAGCUUUUAAAAAAAUCAAUUUAAAAUUUGACAGAAAGAGAAGAAGAUAAUGAUACUGAUAAUGAUGAGGAUGAUUUUAGCGAAGACACAUAUUAAAAAUAUAGUAACAGCGCUCCUGAAAAAGGACUAAGAUCAAAAGAAAAGCAACAAGAAGGAAGUGAAGGAGAAAGUUAAGAUUCUUGUAGUGAAAAUUCUUCUCCUGUAAGUGCAAGACUAGACUCUCCUCUUAAAAAAGCAACUGUAUAAAAAAAAAGAAUGAGUAUAAUUGAUGAGUGCUUAGAUCAAAUAAGAAAACGAAGGGAUUUAAUUGCAGCCAAGUUAAUUUCAAACACAUACGAAUUAGAUGAGGAUUUAUUAGAUUCAUCAGAUCUAAGUGAUUUAGAUUAAUAAAAAGAUGAAAGCAAAUUUAAUCUUAGUCAAAAGUUCAAUAGUGGAAAUACAAAUAAAACACCGAGAGAAAAAGAUAUAUAAACAAAUGAAUAAGAAAAUAAAUAUCAAAAAGAAGGAAACUUAUAAAAUAUUAAAACUUCUGAAGAUUCUUAAAGUAUUUCCAAUAGUUUAUAUAGUAGCAACAACAAUAAUACAAAUAACAAUAAUAAUACUAGUAAUAAUAAUAACAAUAAUAACUGUAGCAAAUUAAAUGAAAAUGUACCAAUAAUUUCUAUAGAAAAGCUUGAUUCAAUUAUUAAUCCUAUUUAAGGAAUAUCUCCUUCCUCAAAAAAUGUUUCUCCUAGAAAAGCUUAAUAGCCUAUAAAAUAGUCUUAAGUUGGAAAUUUAAAUAAUAUAAAAUAAAGCACGGUAAAAUAAAGCUAGUUUUUAGGUAUGAGCAGAAAUUUUGGAGGUUCUAAAAGAUUUGAUCUAAGAAAAUCUAGUAUGUACCAAAAUAUUGGAGGUUUGGCUCAAAGCAGAAUGAUAAAUGCAACAUCAAGCAAUUUAAAAAGGAGCAGUGUAUUUUGUUUUGAAGGAUUUUAAGAUAGAUAAUUUGCAAGAUAAUUACAAAAGAUUUAAGAAGAUGAAGAUAAAAGCUUAGUAAGGUAAUUUGAGAAGUUUAUAGAGCAAAUUAAGAAAGAAAAAGAGACAUAUAUUUAAAAAAUAAAAUAAAAAAGAGAUAACAUAAAAGACUUUUUUAAAGAAAAUACCAAUUAAUUAAAAUUAUAAUAAUAAAAUGGAUAAGAUAAAGAUACUUCUAAAAAAAUAAAGAAUAACAGCUUUUAUAAAGUAUUUACUAAAGAUAAUGAAGAUUCAGACAAACCUGAAUUUGCAUAAUCAAUUAAUUUAUAAGAAAUAAAAAACAGUAAAAAUGAGAGUGAUUUAAUGAACCAAUAUAAAAUCAAUUUUUAAGAUUAUGAAGAUUUAAAUAUCUAUGAGCUAUUAGAAAAGAUAGAAGAAGAAUUUCUUAGCAAGAAGUAAAUGGAUCCAUAAAUGAGUUAAUUCCUUAGAGAAAGCAUGAUGAUGAGUACUCUUGGUGGUUAAAGUUUUGCCUUUGGAGAAAAUAUGGACAAGACCUUUUUUCCUCUUGUUGUAACAGAGCAAGACUAUUAAAAUUUUGAAUUGAAGAAGUAAUUAGAUGAAAUGGGAGAAAAAAUUAAACACAAAAAUCUUCUCAAAUUAGAGUAAUUACUCGAUAAGUAGAAGAGGGAUUUAAAGGAUUUAGAAAUAGAGUAUUGCAAGCUUUAAAUUGAUUAUAAAAUUUUUUAAUAAAAUGAGUAAAUUAAAGAAUAAAUUAAGAAAGAACACCUUUAAGACAAAAGAAAAAAAAAAUAAAUUGCUAAAUUGGUGUAGUCAUAAAUUUUGAAUUAGAGUUUAGGUUAGUUAGAUGAAUCCAGUGAAAACAGCAGUGAUGAAGAUAAUAAUUUAUUAUCUAAUUAAAGUAAUAGUAUCCUCAACUGUACAAUAGCUAUGAGUAAUUAAAAUUUUGAAGAAAGGCAAAAAAAUGUAAUAGAAAUUUUUAACGAGUUAUGUGCUGAGUAUGGUUUUUUAAAGGAAAAUCUAUCGAAAAUUAAAUAAAAUUUUAAUAUUAAGUAUUAAGAAUGUCUUGAUAAGUUUACUUUUUUAUAAAAUGUAAACAAUAACAUAGAUCAAGUCCUUGAGUAUAAUUAAAGUAUUUUCUAAUUUUCUUAAAAAAGUAAGACAGUAGUAUCUAAAUAAUAACCAUAAAAUGAAUAAGAUAAUGAAGAUUAACUUGCUUAACUAGUAAAUUAAAUUUAGAAUUUAGAAUUGGCAAUUUAAAAUAGGAAAAAUGAAUCAGAUAUAGAGUUUUAAUUUAAAAAAACUAAAAAAAUAAAUCAGCUUUUAUCAUAUAAAAUUAAAUUAGAAAAGCUUUAGUAUCAAAGGGACUUUGAAGGAUUGCUGAUUGAUAUCAGUGAAAAUUCUGAGACUUUGUUUAAAGAAAAGUAGUUCCUAUAAGAUUCACUUAAAAAUUUAAAAUAAAAAUUUGAAGAAAUGAAAGAAUAUAAUACAAUAUACAAAGAUUAAAUUAUAUCAAAGCAACUUAAUGAUAUUGCUUAGCUAAAAGUUGAGAUUGAAAAUAAUAAUUUAGUUCAACGUGAUUUAUCUUAAAAAUAUGAUCAAUAUAAUUAGGUUAUAAACAAUCUUUUUUAAUAGAAAAAUUUUAAUAAUACUUCUUAGUUUUUACAAAAUAAUUUAGAAAGAGUCUCCUACGAUUUAUAAUAGUAAAAAUUAUUUUUAGUAGAGGAAAUACGUAAAGCAAAGCUUUCAAAUAAUAAAUUAGAAAAUGAAAUAAAUGAUUUACAAUUUAACUAACUGAGCAGUGUCUUAAUAUAGCAAAAUAUUUAUUUAGAGCAACUUAAAAAAUCUAACCACAUUUUAAUUUGA